GAAGAGGGCGGGCCUGGCUGCGAUUGGCCCUGAUGCAGAAGAAGCUGUCAGAUUACAUGAAGACCAUCAUCAACAGAAAGGACCUGCUCAGUGAGUUCUACGAGUCCAACGCUCUCAUGAUGGAGGAGGAAGGAGCCGUGAUCGCCGGACUGCUGGUUGGGUUGAACGUCAUCGAUGCUAAUCUCUGUAUGAAGGGAGAAGACCUCGACUCACAGGUCGGGGUGAUAGAUUUCUCCAUGUAUCUUAAGGAUGGUCAAAGCAGCAAGACGGCAGAAGGGGAUGGCCAGAUCACAGCCAUCCUGGACCAGAAGAACUAUGUUGAGGAGCUCAACAGACACCUGAGUGCUUCAGUCAACAACCUGCAGGCCAAAGUAGACGCUAUGGAGAAGUCCAACACCAAGCUCACUGAAGAGCUUGCAGUAGCCAACAACAGGAUCAUCACCCUACAAGAGGAUGUAGAACGAGUCAAGGAGGAGAGCUCCAACCAGUCCAGUCGCAAGGCAUCGCGGGCAGGGGACAGCUUGGCAGACGGUCAGGUGCUGGGGGAGGCACGCAAACAGCUCAAGGAGGAAACACAGCUACGAUUGGAUGUAGAGAAGGAGUUGGAGGUUCAGAUUGGUAUGAAGCAGGAGAUGGAGCUGUCUAUGAAGAUGUUAGAGACGGAUAUGUGUGAGAAACAGGAUGCUCUGGUUGAGCUACGACAACAGCUAGAAGACCUCAGGUCCCUCAACCAGCAGCUAGCGCAGAAGUCCCAGAACUUGGAGGCGGGCGCCAAGCAGAAGAGUGAGGUCAUCAGUCGCCUGGAGGAGAAGACUAAUCAGAUGGCUGGAACUAUAAAACAGCUGGAGAGCAGGUAGGAGGGAGGGACUGUAAAACAGGUA